UAGUGGGCGCCUCGGGUCCGUGGAGCGAGGCAGUGUGGUCUGAAAUGGCUAAGGAGAAAGAAGAGAGAGACUUGGAGAAAUUUCUCAAGAAUGUGGAUGAAAUCUCUACUUUGGUUCAGGGGCUGAAUUCUGAUGACCUCAGUGUGCGUGAGAGGGCCAUGCAUGAGGCAGAGAAGAGACUGAAGCUCCUGGAGGACCAAGAGGAAGAUGAAUGCAGGACCACUUUGAACAAAACGAUGAUUAGUCCUCCACAAGUCCCUAUGAAGAAUGUGGAUGAGACAACCAAAGAUGGCUUCAUGGAGGUAUUAGAGAAGGAUGCCAGAGAACGAGCCGAGAGAAGAAAAGAAAACAAAAGCCUAGCAAAUGCCUUGAAAGAAAAAGGCAAUGAAGCUUUUCUGAAAGGUGAUUACAGGAUGGCUGUCCAGCACUACAGUGAGGGCCUGAAGAAACUCAAGGACAUGAUAGUGCUCUACACCAACAGGGCCCAGGCUUACAUAAAACUGGAAGAAUAUGAAAAAGCACUGGUGGAUUGUGAUUGGGCUCUGAAGUGUGAUGAAAACUCCACAAAAGCGUAUUUCCACAUGGGAAAAGCUCACCUGGCCCUGAAGAACUACAGCAUGUCCAGGCAGUGCUACCAGAAGAUCCUAGAAAUAAACCCCAAAUUGCAAACACAAGUGAAUGACUUCCUCAAUAAAGUAGACCAACAAGAAAAAGCAGAAUUACAAGAGAAACUAGCCCUACAAGAGCUGGAGUCAGGAAAGGAAGCAGCAGUGACCACCAAGAACUUGCUCCAGGCUCUCUCUGAACCUGAUCAGAUCCCUUUGUUCUAUACAGGGGGCAUGCAGCUCCUCACGGAACUCAUGAAAGACUGCACAGAACAAACUUUAUUUAGAACACACAAUGGAUUCAGUAUCAUCAAUGACAACAUGGUCAUAAAGCGGUGCUUUGUCACAGAAGGAGAAGAUGAAAUUGAAGAGGUUCUUUGUGCUGCUGUUCUCAAACUCUGGCGAGCAGUAUGCAAUGGGAAUGAAGAGAAUCAGCGCUUGUUACUAUCACAUUCUGACAUGGACGUCCUGCUGCCUUUCUUCCUCACUUCAAAAGUGUCUUCUAUCCGGCAGCACGGUCUGAACCUUCUGCUCCUGUUAUGCCAGACCCAGAAUGGAAGAAUCUUAGUCUUAAGCCAUGUAGACUUGACCAGGUUGCUGCGAGCCUUUGUGGCAAUUGUCAGUAUGUCGGAAGAAAAGGAGGCCAGAACUGUGAUGCAGCUACUAACUGACUUAGCCUUGGAGGACAGAUUCAAAACCUGGGUACAAACCAACCUACGUGCUCUUCUCACACUCAUAAGUAUACUGAAAAAUCCUGAGAUUACCUAUCCAUCAACUCUCCGCCAGUGCAUUGCCAUCUUGGGAAACCUCAGUACUGAUGCUGUCAUCAGGAAACAGAUGUCUGAUUGUGGAGAAUGCUGGGAUGCAUGCUUGAGUCUCAUGGUGAGGUGUGAGGAGAAUGAGAAUAAAGAUGAACUAUUCCAGGAAAACUUAUAUGCAACCCUAGGUCUCAUGAUGAAUUUGUCUCUGGAAUCUCUGUCUAUAACUGAGGUCUUAGCAGAAGAGGUGAGCAGGAGGUGUGUGUCUCUACUAAAUAGUGAACAUGGUGGAAUCCUGACAAGAGCUGCUGGGGUUCUGAGUCGGGUCCUCUCAGCUUCCAUGACAGCCAUCGAGGAGACGGUGAAAGCAGGGGUGAUGAAGACGAUGAUUAAGUUUCUAAAGGCUGGAGGCCAAACUGCAUCACAUUAUGCCAUAAAGAUACUCGCUGUCUGUACUAAUGUUUAUUACCAGGCUCGGGAAGAAGUAACAAGACUGGAUAAAAGGUUUGGUCUUUUGAUCAAGCUGCUCCAGGCAGAAGAUGAGAUUAUUGUGGGGAACGCAGCUCUCUGCAUUGGUAAUUGUGUAGAGGUGCCUGGAGCCGCUUCUGUGCUGCUGAAGUCUGAUAUCGUGAAGAUCCUGUUAAAACUUGCAGGGGGGGAUUGGAAGGAAGGGUCUGUGCAGCUGAAUGCGGGGAUUGCUCUGGGAAAACUGUGCACAGCUGAACCAAGGUACACUCUUCAACUCGAAGAGCUUCAUGGGAUAGAGAUCCUCAACUCAACUAUGAAAUACAUCAAAAAAACGUGAGAGGUGUCACAUCAUGCCUGUAUUUUAAGAUGAUGUUCACUCUAUACUGUUGAUCUUGUUCUCAUGGUAAUAAAGUUAUUAUUUAAAUAUA